CCUAAUUAUCAGUGACUUCAACCACCGACUUUCGUGCUGUAGCCAAGCUAUUUUAAGACACUCCGUUAGUCAAAUUGUGGUAAUGUGUGAGGUUUUUUUAGGACGUUACUUGCGAACCUUUGAACUGUAAUAACCAAGGACUUAAGUUAUCUUCCGAAGUUGAUGUUUGUUGUUUUGCUCUGCGUUGCCCAGGGUUCUUUGUGUUCAGUCAUUUGUAGCAGGUCUGAAAUGCUUUUAAAGCAACCGUACCUGUUGACUAUGGUGACAAACUUCCGUUGUAAUUGAAAGCAUCAACACGCUAAAUGGACUGAAACAGUAAUAUUUCCGUGGCAGUUCUUAAAGAGAUAUUUUCGUUCAUACAAACAUGCCUGGUUUGAGAGAAGCGGGACUCGUUGGGGCAGCUGUUGCGCUCACGGGAGCAGUUGCGUACGUCACCUGGAACUGCGUUUCUUCGAGGAAAAAACAAGAAUCCGUUAAAAAGGAAACGGAGAAAGAAACCGAUAAAGAGGUGCCGAUCGUAUCAGAGCAAAGCCAGACUGUAGCAGAAGAACACGAAAGAAAUGACGUACAAAUGGUAAAACCUGGCAACAAGCAGGUCCUGGUUCUAGGUUUGGAUGGGGCAGGGAAGACCAGCCUGUUGCACUGUUUAACCACUGGCACACUGGACCAGGAUGUGUCUCCAACCAAGGGCUUCAAUGCUGUCUCCAUCAAUAAAGAGGAUCUCAAGAUCGAGUUCCUUGAAAUUGGCGGUACUGAAAAUCUCAGGGCCUACUGGAAGAUGUAUCUGCCCAAAGCUGAGGUGCUGGUGUACGUGGUCGAUUCGACUGAUAAUGCUCGCUUCUCAUUGGCCAAGAAGCACCUCCACGAGCUGAUUGCAGAUGUACCCCAUCUCUCCUUGGUGUUACUGGCCAACAAACAGGAUGUGGAGGGGGCCUGUAACAUCACAGACCUCCAUGAAGCUCUGAGCCUGGAGGAAGUGGGAGACCAGCGAAAGCUCUUCCUUAUCGGGACACACGUGAAGAAGGGUGACACCGAGGUCCCCGCCAGCGUCCAGGACGCUCGGGACCUGAUCGUUCAGAUGGUGUCAGGCAGCAGUUAGAGGAGCCUGUCUGUGCAUUUUCAUUGCAGUGUGCUGAUGCUAUUCAUUAGAGAGCUGCAGCUGACCAAAGAUUAGACAGAAAUGGCUUUACACUUGGCUGUGUUGUAGCCCCAAAGUUUCCAGCAUGGACAAAGAUAGUGUUGUUUACAUGUUCUAAGAGUAGUUCAGGGUGAUUAAAAAGUGGAUCCUUUGGCUCUUUUUGUGAUGUCUUAAUUUGGUGGUCAGUUAUAUUUUGACUGAUUUUAUUUUUAUCAUACACCAUUGUAAACAGUCCUUCCAAAAAAAACAGUAUGAACCAUUCAUCCUGAUUAAUAUGAUAGUGUUUAUUGUUUAUCUAAUGGUACUGACUGGGUGUCCGUCAUUGAAACACUACCAGUUUAAGUAUGAAUGAUUUGGAUAUAGAUGUUAAUCAAAUCACUACAAUGCUGUAGAGGUAAAUGGCUAUUAGAACAAAAAUUCCAAUGAAAUCUCCUCUCACUGAGGUCAACUAAUUAUAUUACGUCUUACUUAAGUUUA